UUGGAAAUAUUCAACGGUCAUUUCGAUCUGCCAAAUCUUGGUCCAAUAGGUGCCAACGGCCUGGCCAAUCCGAGAGAUUUCCAAACGCCUGGUGCAUAUUACGAAGACAAGGAUGAUGAGUAUUCUAUUGUUUCCAAAUAUCAAGGGAAAUUAUUUUCUGCUAAACAAAAUCACAUUUUUGACGUAGUGGCUUUUAAUGGAAACUACGUUCCUUACAAAUAUGAUUUGAAUAAAUUCAUGACCAUAAACACAGUUUCGUUCGAUCAUUGUGACCCUUCGAUUUUCACAGUACUCACCUGCUCUUCUAAUAAGCCGGGAACAGCGAUAGCUGACUUUGUAAUUUUCCCUCCAAGAUGGUCAGUGGCUGAAAAUACUUUCAGACCUCCUUAUUUCCACAGAAACUGUAUGAGCGAGUUCAUGGGACUUAUAACUGGUAAAUAUGAAGCAAAAGAAGACGGCUUUAUGCCCGGGGGAGCGUCCCUUCAUUCCAUGAUGACUCCUCAUGGUCCCGAUGCCGAAUGCUUCAAAUCAGCUUCAGAAGCACCAUUGAAACCUUGCAGGGUGGCAGAUGGUACUAUGGCAUUCAUGUUUGAGAGUUCACUCAGCUUAUUUGUCACUAAAUGGGGAGAGAAAAUCUGCCAGAAAUUGGACCCCGACUACUUCAAAUGUUGGCUGAAUUUGAAGAAACAAUUUAACGGAAUAAAGUGAAAAGAUCUUGACACAUUUUCACUGUAUCAAAUCAGUUUCCAACUACAUCC